AUGCUGCUCUACUACCUCGCCGCCAUUUUCAAGGGCAUGCACCCGCGGGUCGACGACGACUUUGUGGACAAACUCAACUACCAUUACACGUCUGCAAUCAUCUUCGCGUUCGCGGUGAUCGUGUCGGCCAAACAGUACGUGGGCUAUCCCAUCCAGUGCUGGGUGCCGGCCCAGUUCACCGACGCCUGGGAGCAAUACACAGAGAAUUAUUGUUGGGUCGAAUCUACAUAUUACUUGCCAUUGACGAGUGCUUUCCCGUUGGAGUACGGUAAUCAGCGGUAAGUUGGCGGUAGCGUUCAGUGUUUUCUUGACAUUCCUUUGCCUUUGGGAGUUGUGAGGCGUAACCUUUCGGCUUUUUACCAACAGUUCCUUGUUGUGGUCCUAACUAGAGAAGAUUAGAGGCCUCUCUCACUGAAAGUUUUAUCUUUGUAAGGUUCAGAGCGAGACAAGUCAGCUAUUAUCAAUGGGUGCCGUUCGUCUUGGCGUUGGAAGCACUCAUGUUCUACGUGCCUUGCGUCUUGUGGCGCGGAAUGUUGCAUUGGCAUUCAGGUAAGGGCUGUGUUUUAUGUUAAGAAAGUAGUCUUUUCAAUGCGUCCAGAUUUAUGACUUUACUGUGAUUUCUUUUGCAGGUAUAAACGUUCAAAGCUUAGCUCAGAUGGCUUGCGACGCCCGGAUGAUGGAUCGCGACGCGCGGACGGCGACCAUUCAGACCAUCGCGUCGCACAUGCAGGAUGCUUUGGAGAUCCAAAAGGACGUAAGUCAUGUCAGUAUACUUUUGAAAAACUUUUGGGACACUCAUUUCCAAAAGCUCACACGGUGAAGGUAACAUUAGCGCCACAAACUUUGAUUCUCUUACCACACUUGCACGGGGGUAUAUUUGAGAUGUUUCAGGCGUCUGACGUGUCCUCCUUCUUCUGCGGAGGGAAGCGUUGGGCAUCAUACGUGACGUGCCUUUAUGUCUUUAUCAAGAUACUGUACCUUGCAAACGUUGUGAUACAAAUCUUCUUGCUGAACUUGUUCUUGGGUACGGACAAUAUUUUCUACGGAUUCUACAUCCUGAAGGAUCUGUUAAGCGGCAGGGAAUGGGGAGUGAGCGGGAACUUCCCCAGGGUCACAAUGUGUGACUUUGAAGUAGGUUUUAAGUUACGCAACUCAUGUUAACCACACAUUUUUUAUAGUAAAAAUAGUACGUGUCGUAUUGUGGCCUUGACUCAAAAGUAAUAUUCUAGGUCCGCGUGCUGGGAAAUGUUCAUCAUCAUACUGUUCAAUGUGUGCUGAUGAUCAACAUGUUCAACGAAAAAAUCUUUCUAUUCCUUUGGUUUUGGUUCUUCAUGGUAGCGCUAAUAUCGGUAUUCUCGCUGGUCCACUGGAUGCUAAUAUCCUUCUUCCCGGGACAGGUAGACAACUCGUUGUUGUUGUAGAAAUGAUCAAUUUUUCAGCACAUGAAAUUUGUCCGCAAAUACCUUCGCGCCACCGACCUGGCCACCGAUCGGCAGUCGGUGAAGAAGUUUGUGCACAAAUUCCUCGGCCCCGACGGGGUCUUCUGCAUGCGGAUGAUUAGCGCGCACGCCGGCGACAUCAUGGCCACCGAGCUGAUCAUCGAGCUGUGGCACGAGUUCAACGACCGCGUCCGCAAGUCGCCCAUCGAGAUGUUCGAGGGCGGGGUGUCGCAGUCGCCGUCCAAGCUGGACGCCAACUUCAAGACAUGGCUUCUGGGCCAGACCAGGUACGCCACCACCAAUUCCUACUCCCAACCGCAUGUUUGACCCCCGAGCUGUGAGAUUUACCUCGUGAAUUUUUAGCUGAGCUACACACAAAAAAAGAAAGGUUUUGAGCCGUUUUCGGAGCCAGAUGAGUGCAAAACUUUUUGGUUUUUGCUUAAUACUAUACUUCUAAAAGCCCUUUGUACAGUUCUUUCCAAAGUUCUCGUUCGCACUCUACACACGGUGCACGUGCAAAUUGCACCACCUAGGAGCAAAUAGCGACCAAAUUUUUAGCAAUAAGAGUUGCAGCAUCAAUAAUUGUAACCGCUUACCGAUGAGUUUGGCCUUUUUCUUUUUGUUCUAGACUAAUUUAAUGUAAUUUAUGUUAUGUAAUUUGUCUUUAUUAAACGAAAACUUCUGACAGUUCUUUCAUUGGUUCCGUAGGGUGGUGUUGAGAUGUAGAGAAUAACACAGGUAGUUGUAAGUGUGAAAACGGCGGCCGAAAACGUCAUAGGUCGUAAAAGUAGAGACAAUAGGUGGUCUUGCAACGCGGCUAAUUGUGAGAGAAAUAACGAGAGAAAAAGUAGGAAUAACGCACACUCGAGCCCGUCGCCGGCCGCACUCAUGUUCCGCCACUCGCACGACCCCAACUGGUUGUAAUCUCACACCUCCACGCACACCCUCAUCAUGUACGUACAGGUUGUAAGCGGCGGAUGCGGAGCGAUCUCGGCGUCGCAACUCUACCCACAAUAUCUUCUACAGCGCAGUGCUCAGGAUGUAGACGUCUUACACCAACUUUUCUGCUGAUUAUGAGGAGUUGAAGUCAUCGGUCUUGCGAGAGAAAUGACAACGAAAAAUUAUGGAGGGCGGGAAAUGAGAGGCACAACAACUGCAUAGAAGAUACGACCAUCUUACGACAAAUUCACCUCGGCGAGAGAUAGACUGGGCACUAGGAAUGGCACAGGCAAGUUAUCUCUCAUCCACUUUCGCUAUCCGUUCAUCGUAUCUCUAUAAAUCGUCGUAUCCUCACCCAUGCAAUAUUGCACAUGACUUUUUUUAUGAGCAAAAAGUGAUAUUUUGUCCAGAAAAUCGCCCAGCUUUACUUGAGCUUUCAUAUGCAACAUUGCAAAUUCAUGGUAUACCUAUAUCUAUCUAUGAGUUCACCAACGCCUUUGUUACCUUUCCCUUUCAUAGUAACUUAUCCAAUCACGUUCACAAUUCCUCUCAAGGAGACUUUCGCACCAAAAUCGUUGUAAAAACAAGUUCAUAGAGCCACUAAAAUCUUGAUCCUCACAAAUUUAACUUCACGGAUAACCUGCCAAACAUCUUCUAAUGUCUUACAUGUUGUUUUCAUGAAACCAUGUGACGUCAUUUUGGUGAGAAAUAAGGUUGAGAAUUCUUUGUGGGAAAGUGUUUUUAUCUUUGUUUAUUAUGGGCAAACUUCUCAGUAUACAAUUUUUUCGUGAUAAUCGCUGUUUUGGCGGCUGAAAUUGCAAUUUCUCACAAUGUCAGCAAAAUACACAAAAAUAAGUCAGUUAAAGCCCAAGAUGUGAAUUUUUUAAGCCUUAUGGCAGCUGAAAAUCCAAAGAUUUACCGAAUUUAGCCUAUGUACCGUCUAUACAUGUAUUCAAUAUCUGUUUAUAGGCUCUUUACGAAGCGAAGUUGUGAUGAGAGAUAGCUUGUUUUCCCUGUGCUUCCUUUUUGUUGUGGUUUUACACUAGCUCACUGUUGUCGUUCAACGGUCCUAACUUUUUUGUCAGCACUAAUUUUAACUUUUUUGUUCUCUCAUUUUGUUUGAUUUUCUUUAUAGUUUCGUUUUGAUGUUUUUGUACUUGUAACACAAAAUUGAACAUAGUACAGUUGCGGGAGCUGGAUGUAAAUGAAACUUGGUGUUAUUUAAGGGUAUUUUUGAUUAUUUUUAAUCGCAAAAAAUCGGUUUUUUCACAUUGAAAACGAGAUUUUUUGAAAUUACCAUAACUGUUCGGCCUAAACCAUCAAAAAUCAGCAAAAAACCCUCGGGCAUUUGCAUCCAUUUUCCCCAAAAUGCAAAAACAAAAGCUCCCUCAAGCUCACCCUUUCAUUUAUUGCAGUAAAACCUCUAAUUUUCUCAUUAAUUUCGCCCAAUUUUUAGAGGAAAACCGCAGUUCGACGGCUCGAACCCGACCCGCGGCAAGAAGCGACGAAAAUCGGACGGUUAUUUCACAUUUGUCUGA